AAGAGGAGAGAGAGCCGGAACCUUAAGGUGCAGCAGCGGAACGCCGGGGGCAGCCAAUAAGCGCAGCUCCGCAGCCGAGAGAGAAUGAACGGAGGACUGGGCCGUCCCCGCGCACGCGUAGGCUGCUCCCCGUGAGAUGAGCAUUUGAACACAGCACAUGUCUAAGUAUGCAGUCUGCCAGUUUGCUUCUGAAAAAAAUCAUAAGAAGUUCUGUCCUCCCAUUUGCUGCACAACAUGGGAUGAAAAAGGAUUUGUUUCCACUCAGUAGAACUCUGAGUUUAUCACUUUUCCUGAAGCAGGACAAUUCAUGCAGUCCCUCAGAAAAACUAGAUUUAGAUGCGUGGAAGAAGGUAAUGAAAUCUGGGUUGCAAGAAGAAGUCAAUGAGACGGUCUCUGAGCAUAAGGAGCCUGCCACUUUGGCUGCUGCACGUGAGAUGCUGGAGAUGUGGAGACUAGCUGGCAAAUCAGUUCCAGAAAAUAUCACCGAAGAACAACUGAAAACCUUUAUGGAAUGUACUUCCAAGUCAGCUCAAAAGAAAUAUUUAAAAUAUUUGUAUCUCAAAGAACUUCACAAGAAAAAUGACAAAAGAAAGAUGGAAGAGAAAAGGGAAAGGAGGCUAGAAGCACAAGAGCAAGCUUCAGAAACUGGUGUGACCAAAAAGAAUUCAUUCAUAUGUUUGUGGGCCAACUGUAUGGACAAAGUAUGCAAUUGGAGGGCUGCACAGUCGAUGGUCUUUGGCCAGCCACUAGUAUUUGACAUGUCCUUUGAAAAAGAUAUGUCUGUCCGAGAAGUGGCAAAUACAGUGAGACAGAUAGUACUGAGUGAAAGUACCAAUCGAAGAUCUAUCGAUCCGUUCCACAUCCACUUCUGUAACUUCAAAGACAAUAGCCUCUAUCAUAAGGAAUUUAUCAAGCAUUACAGGGAGGCGUGGGGCAAACUGCUUAUCACUGUGACAGACCAGUGCUACACAGAAGUCUUUCCAAAGGAAAAGCUUAUCUAUCUGACUGCUGAUUCUCCCAAAGUAAUGAAAACAUUUGAUCACAAUAAAAUCUAUAUUGUGGGGUCAAUGGUUGACAGGAACAUAAAAACAGGGGUCUCUUUAGCACGAGCAAAGCGACUGGGGCUGGAGACUGCGGCCCUUCCGUUAGAGAAGUACUUGCUCUGGAAUACUGGUGCCAAAAAUCUCACACUGGAUCAAAUGAUGCACAUUUUAUUAACCUUGAAAGACACCGGAGACUGGCAGAAGGCUCUUGAAUUUGUUCCAAAAAGGAAAUACUGCGGCUUUGUAAACAAGCCUGUACAUGAACUGAAAAAAACCUUAAGCCUGAUCAACACUCUUAAACUUGGAAAGAGGCAGGAAGAAGUACGAAAGCAAUUUGCAAAGAACUACUCUAAGAAGCAGACACAGAAGUAGAGUGAUGAGGAAGAGAAUUAUUUUUGUUGGGUGUUUUUCUUUUUUUUUUAAACAGGCAAACUGUGCCCUUGAAUGCUCUGAUAUCUCAGGACUUCUGAAACUAUUCAGCUCUUUAUCUCUAAACAUGCCUUUGGUUAAGUUUGAAAGGACUGUAGUUAGGCUUUUUUUUAAUUACUUUGGUAUUCCAGCUGUUUAAAUGUAUUCACGUUUGAAAUUCUGUAAAAGAAAUUACCUGAUCUGUUCUAAAAAACUGCUCUGUACAAAGAAAAUCAGUCUGUUUAGUUGGACCAUGCUGGGACAAAGGUGAAUCAGAAGUUUGUUCUUCAGAGACUGUCUCGGUGCUCUGGGUUUGCAGUGGAUGGAGGCUACUCACAGGUUAACCUUAUUCUGAAAGGUUGGUGAAGACAAAAGAGAAGACAUUUUUCUCCAUUACUUCCUGAAGCCACUUUUGGUGUGCAGACGAAUUCACUUUUGACAGCUGAACUAAAACAAUUGAAACCUAGCAUGAGUUUGGGAGUUGCACAGCUUGUUUCUGGGGGUUCUGUCUGGCAUGAAUGAAGUCCCUGGUGAAGGGGAGUUAGUCAAAUAUCUUGACCCUACCAAAAUAAAAAAAAAAAAAAAGACAUACCUUUGUGUAAGACUU